UGGUAAACGUUUGUCAAAAGCAAAAGACAUAACGUAUUUAUAGGUUAUGCUAUAGGUUAUUGAUGUUUGGAAAGUUGUUUUAAAAAUUUAUUUGUAAUAAUUAUAUCCUGAAGAUGACAUCUUUACGACAUCAAAUGCGAUAUCUGAAUCCCUACGACAUGCACAAAUUGUUGAUUAACGAAUACAUUUUGAAGCGACCCGGAGAUACUAAAUUGCUAAAACGCGACACUUCCAAAGAUAGAAAUGAUCACCAUGUUAUCAGAGAUAAUCAUAAGUUCCUUUGGGAUGAAGAGGAUUCAACAGACUCUUGGGAGCUGCAAUUUGCUAGACGCUAUUAUGACAAGCUUUUCAAGGAAUAUUGCAUCGCGGACCUUACGUUCUACAAAGAAAACAAAGUGGCGCUCAGGUGGAGGGUAGAGAAAGAAGUUGUAAGCGGCAAAGGGCAGUUCAUUUGUGGAAAUAAGAAAUGCUCGGAAGAGGAUGGACUACGAACAUGGGAAGUUAAUUUCGGUUAUGUUGAGCAAGGUGAAAAGAAGAAUGCCCUCGUCAAAUUAAGAUUAUGUCCAAAGUGUUCAAAAAAACUGAAUUAUCAAAGUAAAAAGAGGGAAGUCAAACGCCUGAAGAAGAAAAGGAUCCUUCCAAAGGAAAACAAAUCUAGCAAGGGAAAUGUUCUUGAAGAUAAUUGCUCUGCUACCAGUAGUAACAGUCUUUUGUGUGAAAAAGAGGAGGAAGAUGAAAGAGAUAUUGAAGAAAGUUCGGACACAUCAGUACUGUUAAAUGAAGAGUCGCCUUGGGAUAAGCAUAAGCCUGUCGAAAGUAAAUCAAGAGAUGAAGAAAUGGAGGAAUACUUGCAAGACUUGUUACUUUAAGUUAUUUUUU